UUGAGAGAUUAAACAACAAAAAUUUAAAUAAAUUCAAUUCAAAUAAAUAAUAAAAAAAAAUCAUUAAAAAGAAACAAACGAAAAUAAUUUAAUAACAAAAAAUUAAAAUUUAAUUAAAUCAAAAAACUAUAGUUAGUGUCUUGCAUGUGACAGUGCGCUAAUUCUGCAAUCGAAAUUUAUACAACAUUUUAAUGUUGUUUUUAAUUGAUUGAUUGAUUGAUUUUGUUUUGUUUUGUUUUGUUUUUUUAAUGGCUAAAACUGAAAUACCCAAAAAUUUCGAUGGCAUUGCUGAUACGGCUGCAAUUAGUAAUAAAACACCCCCUUUAUGGGGUUCAGCCAGAUUGACCUACACCAUUUGUGCCUUUUUUGCCAUGGUCGUUCAGUUGUGUUUACGAAAUACCCUAAAUUUUGUUAUUUUGUGUAUGGUGAAGCCUCAGCAUUUAGAAAAAGAAAAUUCCACCGAUUACAGUGUAAAUGGUGAUGAUAGUAGUUGUGGUCCCAUAGAUAGCGGCAAUGCGACCUCAAUUGAAAGAUCCGGUAAUCUAUUGUGGUCAAGAUCUCAAGAAUUUGCUUUACUGGGCACAUUCUACUAUGGCUACUUGGUAACACUGCCAGUUGCUGGGCGACUGGCGGACAAGUUUGGUGGUAAAUUAUUAUUUGUACACUCUCUAACAGUCCAAGCUGCAAUCUUCAUGCUAAUACCAUUUUUUGCGCGGAGAAGCUACAUUGGAGCAGUGAUAAUACGUAUAAUACAGGGUCUAAUAGCGGGUUUUAGCAAUCCUGCUCUAUACCAACUCUUCUCCACUUGGGCCCAUCCCAAUGAACGAACGGCCUUUCUAUCCUUCGCCUAUGGUGGCUAUUCUGUAGGGGCUUUACUGGUGUUUCCCAUAUCCAGUUAUCUUUGUAAAUUUGGCUGGGAAUUGGCCUUCUAUGCUGUCGGCAGUGUUUCAUUGCUAUUUGGUAUUUGCUGCCAGUGGUUGAUUUACAGCACCUUAGAGGAUCAUCCACGUUUGUCAAAAGAUGAGUAUGAUUAUCUAAAGGAAAAUCAUGUGGAGAAAUCUACUACAGGAGUGCCCUGGAAGACGAUUCUAACAUCGGUGCCAGUGUAUGCAUUUAUUUUCACACAUAUUUUCCAUACUUAUGGCAUUAUGGUGUUUACUAUCAUGAUACCGAGAUUUUUUAAGGAAGCCAUGCGUUUGCCACUGGAUAUGGUGGGUCUUAUUUCUUCAGCUCCGUUUUUGGGUGCCUUUAUAUCAAAAGCUGUUACCAUUACUACCUGCAGUAUUAUAGAAAAAAGGCCAAAUUUGAAUCUGACACGAUAUCGACGCAUUGUGUAUGUAAUUUGUAAUUGUGCCACCAUACUCUUUAUCUUUGCUAUAAUACUUUCCACCUGCCAACAACGAAUUAUGGUGAUUCUAUUCGCUGUGUGCAUUGGUAUCACCACGGAUAUGGGAUUUUCCGGUGUCUAUUGGCCGAGUAUGUUGUAUGUGGCACCAGCAUUUGCUGGUCUCAUAUCGGGGUUAGCUAAUUGUUUGGCCACAGUCAGUGGAUUUUUGGCUCCUUUAGGAGUAGCAGCUAUAGUACGUCAUGGCACCAAAGUAGAAUGGAAUUUGGUAAUGGCUUCUUUAAUGACCUCCUAUCUGUUGGGUGCUAUUGUUUAUGGCCUCUUUGGUAGUUCGAAACUUGCAACAUGGGGCCAGGUCACAAAAUCGGAAAAUAAUAACAAUAACAAAAAUACCACAGAAGAAACAGCGGAGGCUUAAGUGAAAUAUAUAUUUGUAAAUAGGCUUAAAAUUUUAUUAUUGUUGUUUAAUAUUUUAUAAUGUAGAUGUAAAAAAUAUCAGAAAAUGUCCUUAUUUGUAUAUUUUUAGUUUGUAAUUUAUAAAUUUAUUAUUUUACAUGGCGCAUUUUACUGUAACUUUUUGUGCAUAUACAAAUUAUAAUAGGUAUUUGUUUUAUUUAUGUAAUAAAUUUUUACAAA